CGAAAGAGAAGGGGUUCCAUGUGUAACCAAAAGUUCCACGUAUAGCGGUGUUUGACCUAAUGGUAGAAAUUACGAGAACCUUCACUUGGUUUUAGUAACGUGGAGCCGCGCGGUGAUUUGCUUUACGGUAUAACCUUUAGACAUUGCUUGAAAAUUUAGUACUUUUGGUGGAUCAUUAAUCAGCGGUAAAAUGAAAAGCAUUUUCCUGUUACUAUUAUUGGUAUUGCCAGCUGUUAUUUUACCUGUCUACACAGGUCGCAGCUGUGUGGCAUACGCCGAAGAAGAUUUAGUUGAUGAUGAGGGUGAGGCCGAAGUCGAAGGAGAGGGUGAUACAGACGAUUUAGCCGCUACAGAUAUAGAGGAAGACGAAGAGGAAGUGAAAACUACAGCCUCUCCAGAUGGAGACACAGUCAUACUAUUUGUCAAACCUGUCGUCACUGGAGUUUCCCAAAUCGAAUUACCCGGCGGCGUACCCGUCGAAUUCCUAGUCGGAUUCCGCAACAAAGGCAAACAGGAUUUCACUCUCGAAACCAUUGACGCUUCGUUCCGUUAUCCGAUGGACUACAACUUUUACAUCCAAAACUUCUCCGCAAUCUCUUAUAAUCGCCAAGUAUCUCCGGCUCAAGAAGCUACGCUCGCGUACAGCUUUAUUCCAUCCGAAUCAUUUGCUGGUCGUCCAUUCGGUUUAAACAUUAAUCUCGCCUACAGAGAUGCAUCUGGAAACAGUUACUUGGAUACUGUAUUUAACGAGACUGUCCAAAUUAUCGAGCUUGAUGAAGGUUUAGAUGGCGAAACCUUCUUCUUGUACGUCUUCUUAGCAGCGGGCGUUAUUCUACUUUUAGUAAUCGGUCAACAAACUUUAUUAUCUGUUGGCCGUAAACGCACGAGUCGCAAAGUACCUGUCGAAACCGGCACCAGCAAUCCGAAUAACGUUGAUUACGACUGGUUGCCCAAACAAACACUGGACAGACUGAAUAAGGAAAAGAGCCAGAAAUCGCCCAAGGCGACUAAACAGCAGCAGUCAAAGCAAGCACCCGCGAAACAAACCAGCCCAAGGCAAAGAAAAGCGCAGCGUAAAGCGGGAUCAGAGUAGUAAAACAAAUUAAAUUAAAAUAUUUUUUCGAUCCAUCCACUCAUUUGUUGUUAUAUUUAUAAGUAACAUCUAACAACAUCUUGUUUCAUUUGUUUUGUUACAUUUUGCACCUCCGUGGGUUUGUUUCCGUUGUGAACAAGGGACAGAUUCCUAUUUCUUUGACAUGUGUAAAUACAUUCGUGUUUUUUAUGUGAUUUUUCUUAGCUGAAAUAAUAAACGGUGAAUUUUGUAGAA